GAUCUCUAAGAUAUCUACAUAAGAACACAUACUGAGGAAUACCAUGGAACCAAAAGGAGUUGGUUUGGGGGCUUCUUUAUUGGUGCCGAGUGUACAAGAACUAGCUAAGGAACCAGUUACUAAGGUUCCAGCUCGAUAUGUUCGCCCUGAUCAAGACCCCCCGGUCGUAUCAUCGUUGUUGUCUUCACUGCCUAAAGUGCCAAUCAUUGAUAUGGAGAAGUUAUCAUGUGAGGAUUCAGCUGAUGAUGAAUUAGAAAAACUACAUCUUGCUUGUAAGGAGUGGGGCUUCUUUCAGAUCAUAAAUCAUGGGGUGAGUUUACCAUUAGUGGAGAGAAUGAAGAAAGAGACACAAGAAUUCUUUAAGUUGUCAAUGGAUGAAAAGAAGAAGUUUUGGCAAACUAGUGAAGACCUUGAGGGAUUUGGACAAGCUUUUGUUGUGUCCAACGAGCAAAAGCUAGAUUGGGCCGAUAUAUUUUACCUGGUUACUCUUCCUGAAAAUAUUAGGAAGCCUCAUUUGUUUCCUAACCUACCUCUUCCUUUCAGAGAUACCCUACAUGCAUACUCAAAAGAGCUUAAGAAUGUUGCCUUAAAAACUCUAUGCUUCAUCGCUAACGCUUUGAAAAUGGAAAGUACCGAUAUGAUAACUCUGUUCAAGGAAGGAAUGCAAGCAAUGAGGAUGAACUACUACCCACCAUGUCCACAACCCGAACAAGUCAUAGGUCUCACCCCUCACUCAGAUGCUGUUGGAAUCACAAUUCUUCUCCAACUCAAUGAAGUAGAAGGCCUUCAAAUUAAAAAAGAUGGCAUUUGGAUCCCAAUCAAACCACUCCCUAACGCUUUCAUUGUUAAUAUUGGAGAUAUCCUAGAGAUAGUGACAAAUGGACAAUAUAAAAGCAUUGAACAUAGAGCAAUUGUGAACUCGGAGAAAGAGAGGUUAUCGAUUGCUACAUUUUUAAACCCGAAUUUGGAUGGGGAUUUAGGACCAGCACCAAGUCUAAUUACUCCAGACACACCUCCAAAAUUUAAAAGGGUAUCUGUCGUGGAUUUCUUCAAGGACUUAUUUUCUAAGGAACUCAAUAGAAAAACUUUCAUUGAACGCUACUAUAUAUAAUGUCUUAUGGAUGUACCUAGCUAGCAAGAACGUUGCCAAUUAUACUCUACUUUAGCCAUUUGUAUCUUAUGAAUUGCAGUGUAUAUUGUAAGUUACUAUCAUCUC